AUGCUCGCCAUACGUCCUCUUCCCAGGACACUCUCCUGUCUCAGGCCACCAACUCACACUCGGUUCUUCUCCGCCCUCGCCGCAAACCCAUCCUCAAAAACCCAAGUCUACAUCUCAAACUCCCGCUCCCCUUACAUCAACCUCUCCAUCGAGCACCACCUCCUCCAAACAACCCCUUCCGACUCAACCAUCCUCUUCCUCUACACGAACCGCCCCAGCAUAGUCAUCGGCCGCAACCAGAACCCCUGGCUCGAGGUCAACCUCCCCCUCCUCCAGUCCCUCGACCGCACCCCGGAUGCCGUCGACCUCGUCCGCCGCCGCAGCGGCGGCGGCACCGUCUUCCACGACGAGGGAAACGUGAACUACUCCGUCAUCUGCCCGCCCGCCAACUUCGACCGCGACACCCACGCCGAGAUGGUCGUCCGCGCCCUCCGCCGCCUCGGCGUCCCCGACGUCGCCGUCAACUGCAGACACGACAUCAUCAUGACAUCCCCCUCGUCGACGCCCGUCCCGACGUCCUCGUGCACGGGCAAGCCCCUCGCCAACGCGGAGAACACGUACAAGAUCUCCGGCUCGGCCUACAAGCUCACCCGCCUGCGCUCCCUCCACCACGGGACGUGUCUCCUCUCCUCACCGAACCUGCCGAGGAUAGGCAGCUUCCUGCGCUCGCCGGCGGAGCCCUUCAUCAAAGCCCGCGGCGUGGAGAGCGUGCGCUCGAAGAUCCGCAACGUGGGCGUCGAGGAUACAAAGAGGUUUGAGAAGGCGGUGGUGGAGGAGUUCGGGCGGAUGUACGGUGCUUUUGACGUCGAGGCCGAGCUUGGAGAGGAAGACGCGGGACGGGUUGAGAAGGUGCAGAAAGGCCUCCGGGAGCUGCAGUCUCGGGAAUGGAUCUAUGGCCAGACGCCUCUAUUCACCUUCUCAACUCAUCCUUCAGAGGACGACACGAGGGAACGUCCGGAGUUGCCGGCUAAGUUCAAACUCGCAUUCGAGGCUCGCCAUGGUCUUAUCCAAAAGUUCGCACUCGAAGGUCUCUCCUCCGCCCAGCCCCAGACUCUGUCAGAGUCGAUGCUCAACGCCCAGAUCUGGGAACUUGGUGACUGGACACGGCAUUUGCGUGAUGGAGGCCUGGGCCAGACAGACGCCUCAGUCAUUGGAGAGUGGAUGAACUCCCUCCUUGGAAAGACACAGGCUUAG